AUGAUUCAUCCAAAGCUAUUGGCGUCUCAGGAGUUGGCUCUCCACCGUGUGAAUGUACAGCAGCAAAACUUUGUCUCGCGCCUUGCGAGGGCCGACGGCUCUGUAAAUAGCAUUAACAGUGCAUCCAAUAGCAAUGCCAGUGGCAGUGUUUUUCCACGGGCGGUGUCUGCUCGUAGCGAAUUGACGUCGCCGUUGACUCCCGGCGGUGCCGGUUCGGCUGUCCCUGCCUUCCCUCCCAAGGAGUCCGGCACGUCACCACUAGGUCCCCUCACGGGAGGUGGGGCAAACAGCACUGCUCCAGCCUCUAUUGCGCGCCCUGGAAUACGACCGCGACCGGAGUGGUCCACCGCCCUCGAGGACGUUGAUCCGUUCGUGCUCCCAGACCACCAGUUGCACGGCUCUGUGCCCGCCACACGGCGACGUGUGACGGUGCAGUACAUUGCUGAUCAGUACGAUCGUCAGUGGCUGGCCCAGCGGACGAUGAUGACGGCAACAAUGGCUGCAAUGACAAAAGGCAAAACGGGGAGCAUUGACGCACCUGCGGCGCCCCCUUCACCCACGCUGUCGUCAUCGAGGCAUGAUAUUACUCUCUCUCUCUUUGAGGAUCUGAUAACGGCGUUUGAGGUGGAAUCCUACCGAAACCCCGAGAUUCCUGUCCAGCGUCAGCCCGUGUCCAGCUUUGACGGCGUUAUCGCGACAGGGGCGGAUGCUGCGGUAGUGGAGGAGGUGCGGCAGUAUUGGUUGGGGAAGCAGCAAGCCCUGGGUGGCAACGUGCCGUGCAUUCCAUCACUGCGCAUGAACGUGCGUGAAGACAACCAAUCCACGUUGUGCCACAGCGACAUUUUACAGUAUUGUCCACUGCCGUUCAGCCACAGGGAUUGGUCAAUUGCGGUGGUGCAGCGCCGCGUUCCGUGGGGCUGCGAGAAGACGACGGUAGAGGCGGAGGCUACUGUUGAAGAUAGCCUGGGAGCAGAGUCGAUAGGGCGGAAGCGCAAGCGAUGUGGUACUGUGAAUGCAACAACAAGUAACGAAGGAGGCACUGAAGCAGGGGAGGAAGAGAUGAAGGAAGACGAAGAAGAGGCAGAAGAGAAGGAGUGGCAAACGCUACUGACAUCUGCGUUAAAAAUCUCACAGGUGGUGUGGGAACGUGAAGAGUGGAAGCUGGCGCAUACGCACCUGGCGAUCUAUGAGCUAGCUCUACUGCGGCGAUGGGCGAUGCUGGGACGCGAGGCUGUUGACGGCGCCCCCACUCAUUCCUCAGCUCCCGCUCCAUGGGCGAAUGACGAAGAGCUACAGGAAGAGUGGGUGGGCGAUGAUGAUGCCACAGAGGAGUUCCACGAUGGCGUGGGUGGUGAGGCCAUGGCCACGGCGUUGGAGAGUGUGAUGGCUAUCAGCAGGCGGUUCUGGUGA